GCCGAUGAAGUAGAUGGCAAAUAUCUUCAUGUAAGCAUCGUACCAUUUACCAGCAUGUGCACAGUUAUGUUUUUUUCCUUUGAUUUUCAAGUGAAUGAGUUGUAUUUACAGCUUGAAGGAGGCUUAUCAAUCACAGCUUUUGGCGUUUAUGGAAUUUACACGUUGGCUGAUAAACUCAACAAAUCACCAAACGUGAAAAGCGAUGAAGCUGUUAAAUUAGCGAACUAUUUGCUGAGCAGAAGGAAUGUGCAGUUAGACCGUGGUGCCUACCUUCUAAUGGUCACACUGAAGAAACUUGCGAAUAAUAACUUCCAAAUUCCGGUGGUAUUUUCACUGGCAUCAAGCAUGUCGAUAAGUGACGUAGAAAAGCCAUUACGAAUCCGAGUUUCAAAUGUACUGGGCGAAUCUGUUGGGCCCUUAUCGGUCACUCUUGAUGCAGCAACGCAUUCCGCAUCCAGGGAAGUUGUGGUUGUCCGUGAAUCGCUGAAACGUGUCGAUUCGGAUAGCACUAAUACACUGUAUGAAGUUUCAAUUGCAAAAGCGAAACAACGCGGCUUCUACAAUCUGGCUUUUACCGCAGGAAGUCAGGCCGAUAUUCACAGUAAAAUGGAAAUUAAGUUCAAAAUCAAAGAAGCAAGGACUGGCGAUUCGAUAUUAGUCCAUCAGGCUUUUGUUGCAUUCGUCCACAAAACCACUCGUCAGGAGAUCAUUUUUGUCGCCACACCGGAUCGUGAUAAUAACUACGUUUUUGAUGCGGAUUUCGAGAAAGUAGCGAAAGAUUUCGAAGGUUUGUCAGGCAAAUAUGAGGUACGACUAAUUAUUGGCGAUGCAGCAGUUUCGCAUCCGUUCGAUUGGAAUUUGGUGGAUGUUAGCGUGACUCUGCCCGCAGUACCUGCACAAAAAAUCAAAAAAUCAGAACGUAUUAUUUAUGAUAAAUUGCCAGAAAUUAAGCAUAUGUUUCGUGAACCGGAAAAACGCCCGCCGCAGAUUGUUUCUACCACAUUUGUUGUUCUCUGUGCUAUCCCACUGCUCAUCCUGCUUAUUCUGGUUAGAAUAUUUGGAUUAUACUUCGUUUUCUGGCUACGAUUGAAUAUGUUUGAAACACUGAAGUAUUUGUCAAUGAUAGGCGCUGUAACGUUUAUUUCUGGCAAUCGUCUGCUAAGAACAAUUGCAGCCAGACGGAAGUAA